AUGGCGUCCACUCAGCCGCUCGUCUUCCGGUGGGGCAUCAUUGCUACGGGUAGAAUCUCUGGAGAUUUUGUGAAGGACCUUCUUGUUGACCCGACAACUCGCGGGACGACCGAUGUCGUGCACAAAGUCGCCGCUGUUGGUUCGCGUAGCGUCGAGAGUGCCCAAAAGUUCAUCCAGGAGUUAAUCGCAGGAGACUCGACCGUGAAAGCGUAUGGGUCCUACGCUGAAGUAUACAACGAUCCGGACGUCGAUGCUAUCUACAUCGGCACGCCCCACACGAUGCAUUAUAUCAACGCCAAAGAUGCAAUCAUCGCGAAGAAACACGUCCUGUGCGAGAAGCCCGUAACAAGCAACGCGGCGGAGCUGAAGUCGCUUCUGGCCCUUGCCCAGGAACAUGGCGUAUUCUUCAUGGAGGCGAUGUGGACCCGUUUCCAGCCUCUCGUAAAGGAAGUCAAGAGAAUCAUGGACGAGGGCUCUUUGGGCCCUGUGAACAUCCUGCACGCUGACCUGUCUGGCGAUUUCGAUAUCGAAAAUAUUCCGAAGACUCAUCGAAUGUUAGACCCUAACCUGGGUGGCGGAGCAAUCUUAGAUCUCGGCCCAUAUCCCCUGGUUUGGGCUAUCCUUGCGCUCUUCGAGGAUACUAAGAACGAUCGAAGCGCGUUCCCUGGCGUAUCCGGGGCCAUGCUCAAGACUCCGCGCACUGGCGUCGAUGCUAGCACUGCAUUCACGCUGACCUUCCCCACAAUUUCUGCCCAAGCCAUUCUCUCGUGCAGCAUGACGCUUCCGGAGCCCGCGCUCGGAGCCACUAUCAGGUUCCGCCAAGGCAAUAUCCUUAUUGCACCGCCGAUCUACAGACCGAUGUCAUUCACCGUGCAGUGGUUCGAUAAACCGGGGAGCGGCAAGAUUGUCAAGGAGGAAAAGCGGUCGUUCGAGUACGUUGGCAGUGGGUGGCACUUCCAGGCCGACGAGGUAGCGAGAUGCGUGAGAGAGGGCAAGACGCAGAGCGACCUCUGGGGACACGAGAAAAGCCUCCUGGCGAUGCGGAUCUUUGAUGAGGUCCGUAAGCAAGGCGGCUAUACGCUCCCGGACGGUGUUGAACACGUCGUCUAAGCUGGGGCCGAUGCCCACGAACUUUGAUUAGCUUUGAGCUAAUCCUCAAGCGAGCGUGGUGCACAUCGUUGCGAUGUGGUCCUGCGAGUGCGUCGACCAGAAGACAUGUAUUGUAAGCGAUGAAUACAUACGACCAAACUUACUGCAUUCC